UUGUUGUAGAUUAACUAAGAACAAAGUUCCACAACUUGAGACAUUUAUAAUUAAAAAAUAAUUAAAACAUUUUUAAUAUGAGCAGUACAACAAAGUUUGUUGCUGAAUUCUGUGAUAUUAUAGAUUCUUAUGGAGGGCGGGAUAAGGUGAUGAAAGCGCUUUGCUACAGCGCAAAGCUCGUAGCUGGCUAUCAUCUGAAGCGGAAUCCAGAGUUGGCUAAGCGCUAUGCGACCGCCAGCUCAAAAAUAUCUGGAGCAAGAGCUACACUACGUCUUAUCGAUGAUAUACCAAUGAUACAAUAUGCACUGGAAUAUGGGCUGGGAGAGAAUGAACCGGAUCGCAUUAUGGCAAUACUUGGCGUGACGGCCAAUAUUGUCGACUUGCUAUACUAUCCAAUUGAGAAAAUCUGUUGGCUAUCUGAGCAUAAGAUUGUGGACGUAAAGCACGCUGACAAUUGGGAUAAUGCGAAUUCAGUAUUCUGGGUGCUUUCGGUUUACUUAAACCUAAUGCGUACACUUCGCAACUUUUGGCUAAAUCAGGAAAAGCUAAAUCGCAGUCAUGAGCUAUGCAGUCCUACGAAUAUCGAUGCCAAAUCGCUGGCCAAACAUCGCCUGGAAUUGAUGUCUAUAGCCCGCAUUUCACUCGACUUUGUGCAUGCCGUCAGCACCCUGCCCAAAGGCUACUUGUGGGGUGGAAAAUUGUCCACCUUUCAAGUGGGGGCCAUUGGAACACUAUCAGCUGGCCUGGGCAUCUACCAAAUCUUUGCCAAGAGAAGACUUUGCAAAUAAUUCUUAGGGUUAUCAGAGCCAAUACAUAUUCAUCAGCAUUUGUAGCUAGUCGUUAAGAUAAAUUGUGGAAUUUUCAAGAAUUUUGUAAAACAAAUUGUAUAGUUCUUAAAUAUGUAAGCACAAAAUAUAUAAAUUAUUAGCUAGAAAGUAUAAGAUGUUUGUAUGUUUUGGUCUGUGUGUCCUUUAUUAUCUAUUCCAUCUUCAUGUUCAUGUUGAUAUACAUUUACACGUUUUAGUUUGCAUACUCAGCAUAAGGUUUACCUAUGUUACAGGCCUUUAUAUAUUGUCGUCUCUUUGAGGGUAUAUCAUGUUUUAUAAUGCUUUCGGCUUUAAAUUACUAUUUGUCAGUUUAGAUAGCAGUCAUGAUUAUUGUUUUACAUUAAGUAUGCUUUUGAUUUGCAAUUUAAGGAUCAUUUCACACAUCUCUCUGUUUA